UUUCAAGAUAUUUUUAAGAGUUUUUAGAGGAAAAAUAACAAUCAUAUGUCUUCGAUAAGAUGUUGUUGUGGAACAGAUUGCUUAAAUAUUAGGCAAAAUAGACUUCUUUUUAAACAGAUCGAAAAGGAUAUGCAAAUUGCAUCAGAAUUGGGUCAAUAUUUAUUAUCAGAAUAUAGAGCAUACAAUGAAAAUGCAGAAUAUAGAGAGAAAUUGUUUAAAUUAGAGAUAUAUCAUUUAAAAAUUAAGAGGGAUCAGAUUAUGACUUCGUUAUCAUUUCUUAAAAAAAGAAAUAAGGAAUUAGAGGAGGAAAUAUGUAGAAUUAACGAGAAGAACGAGGAUUUUUUAAGGAAUAUGGAAAAAAUGAAUAUAUUAUUGUCGAAUUCUGAAUCUAAUAUUCAAGACCUUUCAGAUACAUUAGAAGCGACUAAAUUGGAGUUAGAACGUUCUCGUUCUAUUAUUGAUCAUAAAAAAUCCAUUGAAAAGCAUAUGGAUGCAAUGGAAAUAGAAAAAAAGUUUUUAAGAAAUGAAUUAGAACAAUCAUUACAAAUAGGAAUAUUUUUUAAAAAAAAAUGGCAACAAUCAGAACGAUUAAUUGAUAUAUUAAAAGAACAAAUGAAUGGAAAUAAAUUAAAAACAGAUAAAGAAAAAGAAAACGUUCAAACUCUGAUAGAUUAUUUUAAAAAUUAUCCAAAGAUCGAGAUGAAUACAGAUUCCAUGAAAUCGCAUUUAAUCAUAUUCAUUAAGGAAUUAAUUUCAAAAAAUUCGUCUCUUAAAAAAAUAUGCACAGAACUUUAUGAUAUUCUCUCUAUAAAAUAUGAUGAAACGAUUCAUUUACAGCAAUUUUUAUCUCGAAAUAAUAAUUAUGGUUCAUUAUCUAAUGAUUCAUAUAAUCUACGCAAUCUGAAGAAUAUGUCACAUUUCAAUGUUGAUAGGUAUUUAUUUUCAGAAAAAAAAUUAAAUCAAAAUUCUUUAAAUCAAGUUCUUAAUGAAAACAUAAAUGCAAAUAUAUUACACAACUCUGAUAAGGAAAACCAAAAAGGAUAUUCAUCAAAAUUUAUUAAUGAAGCAAAAAUUAAGUUGAAAUACGACCUUAUUGAUAAUCUAUUUAUGCCAGUAAAAUUCAAAAAAUCAUAUUUUAAUAAUUCAAAAAUAACUAGAUCAUUCUCUGCACCGGAGAUAAUGUUACUUUUUAGUUCAUCAAGUAAAUCACAGAAUACCCAAGAUAAUUCACAUGAAAAAACACGAUAUUUAUCCCUAACAAAUAUGUUUAACUCUCCAAAGUCGGUUUCCAUAAACAAUAAAAGACAGAAUUCUUGUUUAAAUCUUUCAAAAGAAUUGCAGCAUUCACAAUAUAAUAAACUUAAUUCCAAUUUCUCUAUUUAUUUGGAUGCUCCUAAUACUUCAUUUUUUAAGGAUAUUCUAUACAAAAAACCAUUGCAUGAAGUAAAGUUAGAAGAUUUACACGACUCUUUUCUUUUAAGGAAACCAUGGACAACACCUAGAAAUUUCUCUCCAUCUACACAAUUUAUAAGCCCGGUUAUAUCUACUUUUUCUACAAAUUCAGCUGAAUCUUCUGUCUUUUUAAAUAAUGAUACCAAGGCUAUAUUGUCAAAUACUCUUUUAAAAUCUACCAUAACUAAUAAACAUUUUUUGAGUGGAACUUCAAAAAAGAAAAAAGCUGACACUAAACCAUUGGGAAAAAACAUUCAUGAUAAUCAAAAUAAAAGUAUGUGGGAUUCUUUUUUUAAUAAAUGGCCGAAAUUAAUUCAUACCAAACAUUCUUUAAUAAGUACUUCAACUAAAAAUUGAUAACUUAAUUAUAAUUAUUAAAAACCGACAUAGUAUUUUAUCAGCC